CUAGUGUGUGGAAAAAAAAUUGGGUCAAUUUUAUUGAUGUGGGCAUUUUUUGAAAGAAAAAGAAUGAAGAACGAAAAACGAAAAACAACAAGAAUGAAAAGAAACAAAAAAGAACAGUAAACCGGUCGUUGAAUGAUUUAGUUUCAUUUUCCUUUUUCUAUUUAAUAGAUGCUCAGAAAUUUUAAAAGUGUCCGAUUCUUUUAUGUGAGCAUAUUCCUAUUUAAACGAACAAUAAACAAACAUUUUUGUUUAAACGAACAAUUUAUCUAUUUAAUAGAUGUUCAGAAAUUUAAUCAUAUUGAUGUGAGCAUUUUCUAUUUAAACAAACAAUUUUUUGACAUAUCUGUAAAAUUCUCUUGAAAUGCGAAUAUCUGUACUUUAUGAACAAAAUUUUAAAAAGCGAUUUUUAAAAUUAAAAAAAAUAAGUGUGAGAAUUUUUAGAAAAUAAAAAAGAAACAAAAAUGAAAAAGACAAAUAGAAAAAACGAAAAAGAAAUAGUAAUAACAGUACGAUUCAACAAUGGGCCGGCCCAGCCGCGAACUGAAGUAGAAGAAAAUAAAAAAAGAAGUAAAACAGCCAAACAUUAGGUUGUUCUAGUUGGUUAAUGUGGUCUUCCUUAGACCAAGAGGUCUUGAGUUCGAUACAAGGUGCCUGCAUUUUUUGAAAUUUAAUAAAAAGUGGGUAUGAUGUCUCGUAUGUGUCACAUAAGCGUAUGAGUAUACGGUUUGAUGAAAUGACUAUACCGCCCUUAUACGGUUUGUGGAGGGGGGUCUACCGAAGUAGGCCUCAUAACACUAAUUGAAAUCAAUAAAAAAUGAAUAAAGGAGGUGUUUGAUUGUCAAAAGAAAAGAAGAAGAAAUCGAUAAAAAAAAAGAGAACGAGUUGGGAAAAACAGCUCCUGGAUUCGCGUUCGGUUACUACUUCCGACUAGAGAUGGAUCGAAACUCGGAAUUAUAAACAACAUCACGACCGGCGGUUUGCUCAGAAAAUAGAGAAGCCUCGAUCAGGAGCGAUGGCGAUGGUUGGCGUCAGGGUCGCGGCCAUCCUCCUCGUAUCGAUCGCUGCCUGUUUUCUUCUGCUCGGCCAUGCGGGCGCGGUCAACGGCAACCAGGCGCCCCACUCCCCGUCUCCGGUGAUCGCCAUCGACUUGGGCAACACCAACUCGUGCGUCGCCGGCUACAGCCACGGCCAUGGUCAGGUCGAAACCAUGUUCCAGCUCUGCAUCCCAACCUGGGUGGCCUUCCCCGGCGACGGAUCCGUCUUGGUCGGCGAGGACGCCAAGAACCACGCCGCUCCCAAUCCCAUCUUCGGCUUCAAGCGGCUGCUCGGGAAGAGUCGCGACUUGGAGCGCGAAGAGGAGGAGGUGCGGGAACUCAUGGUCCGCGUGCCGUACAAAGUCGUCGGCCGCGAAAGGCCCCUGGUUCAGGUGCAGAUGGCCGACGGCGCGGUCAAGAACCUCGGCGCCGAUGAGAUCACGGCCAUGGUGUUGGCCAAGCUCAGGGAGUCGGCCGAGGCGUACCUCGGCCGUGCAAUCCAGGAGGCCAUCGUCACCGUCCCGCAGCAGUACAACGAUCCGUCAAGGUAUUCGAUGUUGAGGGCCGCGGAGCUCGCCGGCCUGCGCGUCACGAGGAUGAUCGACGAGCCGACCGCGGCUGCCGUCGCUCACGGCCUCCACAGGAAGCUGCGCGACGAGGGCAACGUCCUCGUCCUCCACGUCGGCGGCGGGACGUCAGACGCGAGCGUCAUGUGGUAUGUGGACGGCGUCUUCGAGUUCAUGGGAGCAGACGAGGACCCUUUCUUUGGAGGACAGGACUUCGACCAGAGGAUCGUCGACCACUUCGUGGAGCUGAUCAGGAAGAAGCACGGCAAGGACCUGAGCAACGACAAGGGCGUGCUGGGCAGGUUGAGGACGGCGUGCGAGCAGGCCAAGAAGGCGUUGAGCAGCCAAGAUGUUGCCGAACUGAGCAUCAAGUCGCUGGUCGAUGGUGUCGAUUUCUCCGGCUCGCUGACCCGGGCAGAGUUUGAGGAGCUGAACCAUGACUUGUUCCUUAAAGCCAUGGCGUUGGUGGAGAGUGCCAUGAGACAGGCUGGGCUAGACAAGAACAAGGAGCUGCUUGAUGAGAUUGUGCUGGUUGGUGGAAGCACCAUGAUCCCUGGGAUUCGGAGACUCGUCACCGAUUAUUUUGAUGGGAGGGAGCUGAAAAAUAUCAAUGCGUCGGUGAUGCCAGAUCAAACUGUCACUCUCGGAGCUGCUCUUCUAAGCCAUCCUAUGGCAAAUGGGUACCCAUGCAUGGGAGGCGAUAGGCGUCAGUGGGGAUACUCCACGGACUGGUGUUUUACCGACUGAACUUCCCGUUAUUGAUUGACUGCAGUUUUGUUAAAUGUGAAUGUUGGAAUCUCAGUAUUACAGCCUUACCUGAUGCAAUGCAACAGCUGACUUGUGAUAACUUCUUCUUUUAAAAUUCAAACUACUUCUUUUCCCCA